AUGUCCGCCAACUUUGACCCCGAGCUGUUCACCGUGGAGUACUUCCGAUACCGGGAAGACCGUCCCUGCCCUGCCAAGGCGCCAUACCUACUCCUCGAGGGCACUAUGGAAAACGAAGCGGCAUUGAAAGAAGCCAUCGAAAGGGUACCCGGCCUCCGAGUCUCAAUAAGACCGGAAAUCAGCUAUACCCUCAAGGAGACCAUGAUCCUGGCGCCGGGCGACAGGAUGCUCUGCAACGCGCGACGGCAGCAGGAGAAAAUCGACAGGAGUUCUUCUCGAACACCCGCUCGAACGCAGGAGGAAGCAGAACCAUCGUCCCGGAUGCCGCUGUCACCGCAUCCACCGACGCCGCCGCAGCAGCAACAACAACACCAACAACCGGCGCCGCUAGCAACACCAACGCCAACACCAACACCCCCGCGGCCAGCCACACCCGAACAGGUCACACUACCCUUCGUGCGCCUGCGUCUGCAGUGGGUGGGCCGGGCACCGGUUGCGCACAACAUCAUCCUUCCGGACCCGGACCACACGCACAAGGGGUACCUCGACUUUGACUCCAGUAGCAGCAUCAGCCAGUGGAGCAGCGCGAUCAGCGACAGGCCGCGGCCCGGGUACGAGCCUGUUAGCAUAGCCAAGUUCACGCUCGAGAGGGCAUACUAUAGGGAGACGGGCGCUAAGUUGUCGGAUCUGCUGCCCCCUGACGAGGGCGAGGGCAGCGGAGAGGAGGUCGAGUGGUCGUUGAUGCUUGGCUGGUGA